CCAGUGCUCAGGUUGGGGCAUCUUGGUGGGGCAGAGGGACAGUGAGCCGGGUGGGGAAGGAAUGGGCCUCUCCCUGAUCCUCCUGCCAGUUCUGGCAGACACCCCUAGAGUCGCAGUGGAACUCCAGCCCCACAUGGGGAUGAAUACACACCCCUGGUCCUCUUCCUGGUAGCAGGAUGGGGGCGGGCAGGGGGAGGUCAAGAAACGUGAUCCUGGACCCCCUUAUGUGGGGCUGUUCUGUUGUUCCUCCAGCCCUGGGGACCCCCACCAUGUCACCUCACGCUUUUCAUGUCAGAGAGUUGUUCUGGUUUCCUGCAUUUAUUGGCAGUCGGGCAAAGAGACAAAGCUAGGCCACAAAGCAGACAAAGCUAGAAGGCCCUCAGGGCAUGCUGAAGGGCUUUUGGUUUCCGGAAAGUGUGUGCAGGCCAGAUAGUAGGGUCCGUGGAGCAGUGGGGCUAAGAAGGACUCAGCCCCGGCUGCAGCACCGGCGAAGGGCGGGAGUGGAGGGGGCGGAGGCAACUUAGAGGAGUCUGGGAGGCGCGGAUGAAGGUGUGGGGAAGGAGGGGAAGAGGAGGGUCCUGGUCGGGGAUAGAUGAACGGGUCUCCAGCGUUUCCACAGCCUGAGAGGGGUGCAGGAUGCCGGCUCAGGCUGGGCAAGGCGGGGCUGCUGCCUAGGGCAGGCAAGGGGGUUAGCUCCACGGUGCAUCCCGGGCGGCCACGCAGAGACAGGUUGGGGAGACGCCCAGCCCCACCCCCAUGACAAUGACCGCUCUGAUUCCCUGCCCCCGUCCAGCUCUGGGUGGCGACAAUGGUCAUCUGUCUCCUGGAGCCGGAGCCUGGCACUAGGCGGGUGCGAGCGCGGGAGGGCCCGGGAGGAAGCAAGGGCACGACUCGGGGAGGCUCGAGAGGGCUUGCGGCUCUAGGGUGCGGCGGAGGCGUAGGCGGCCGCGGAAGCGGUGCGGGGGCGUGGCUCUCCUCUUCCUCCGCCUGUCCGGGAGCCGAGCUGCGGGGCGCGCCCCCACCCUCGCCUUCCCGCACUGCUCGGUCUCCAGUUUCCAUGGAGCCGGGAGGCGGUUGCCACGGAGACCAGCGCGCGCAGCCAAUCGGCGCGGAGCUGCGGCUCCGGCUCACCUCCUGGAUGGAGGCAAGGGGCGCGCAGGAGGCCGGGCACCGGGUCGGCGCCGCCACCUCCCUCGGGGCGCUGAGGCCCCUGCACCCUGCGCGCUGGCGACCCUCCCCACCCCCUUCUCUUCCAGGCCCUGCUUAGGGUUGAUGUUCCCUGGUCCAGCUUCCGACCGGCCCUGAAUCCCCUGGCGUCCAGAGGGGAAUGCUGCAGGAAAGGCGGGGCCGGGCAGCGCGGAAGGAGGGCGAAGCCCAGGUCGGGGAAAGGAGGAAGGCCGCCCCCCGCCCCAGCCGCUCUGCAGUGCUUGGGGCGCACGCGCACGCUCACUCGGGGCGCCGGGCAGGCGGGGCGGUGCUGACGUCAUCCGAUGACCCACCCACCCCCUACCCCUUGGCCGAGGGGCGGUGGCCGCGCAGGCUCCGCCGGACCGACGCACGGACAGACCGGGCACGGAGGGAAGGGCGCACGGUCAGGCCAUGCCCGGGGAGGCUGCCCGCGCCGAGCUGCUGCUGCCGGAGGCGGGCAGGCCCGGGCCCCGCACAGAGUCGUCCUGUGAUGUGGCCGUGGCCACCACCCCACAAGGGGACCGGCUGGAGCACUGUGCCCUGACCCCUGGACCCAGCACCCUGGCCCUGGAGUUUCUGCCCAGCAAGCCAGGCGCCCGGCUCCCGCCCGAGGGAGCCAGCUGGGAUGCAGGGCCGGGAGGCACCCCCUCGGCCUGGGCAGUCCCCACAGAAGGCAGCCCCAGCCUGGGUUCCCCCGAGGCCCAGCCUGCCGGUGGCCCUCCCCCAACCACCCUGGAGCCCCGGAUCGUGAUGGGCGAGGAGACCUGCCGGGUGUCCCUGCCGUCCAGGGCAGCCCUUCCAGAGCUCAGGGACUGGGAGGGUGGGCACCCCAGCCUGGACCCACCCCCCGAGUUGUGUUCUCAGGGUGACCCUCCUGUGCCUUGCCCUGCCCCAGACCCUGACUCCUACUUCACGCCGCCCUCCACUCCCACCGAGACCACCUCUGCCCUGCUCCUUGGCCCCGGGCCCCGCAGGGAGGCCCCGGCUGAGCCAGGGGACUCGCCGCCCGCCUCGCCAUCGGGCUCCUACAUCACAGCAGAUGGAGACAGCUGGGCCUCAUCCCCGUCCUGCUCCCUGAGCCUGUUGGCCCCGGCCGAAGGGCUAGAUGUCCCCUCAGGCUGGGGCUUCUCCCCGCCGGGCUCCGUGGCCGAUGAGCAGGAGCUGCCUCCCGCGGGGCCCCCGGGCCCCCCGUCCCCGGAAUCCAGCGUCUCAGCCGACAGCAGCUCUUCCUGGGGCCAAGAGGGCCACUUCUUCGAGCUGGACUUCCUGGCCAACGACCCCAUGGUCCCCGCCGCCCUCCUGCCCUUCCGAGGCAGCCUCAUCGUGCAGGUGGAGGCUGUGGAGGUGACGCCAAGAGCCCCCGAGGAGGAGGAGGAGGUCCCUGUCCCUGGAGGGGACCCAGCCGGGGAGGGCGAGGACGACAGCACGUUCGCCUCCUCCCUGCAGUCCCUGUCUGACCUCUCCAUCACCGAGGGCAUGGACGAGGCCUUCGCCUUCCGGGACGACACCUCGGCGGCCUCAUCCGACCCCGACUCGGCCUCCUAUGCGGGGGCAGACGACGAGAGGCUGUACAGCGAGGAGCCCCAUGCGCAGCCUGCCGCCCUGCUCCAGGACACCCCCGGCGAGCCCGCUCCUACCGUCUCCGCGGGGGUGGCCAGCCGAGCCUCCGAGAGCCGGGAGCCGGGCGCCCGGGUUCCCGAGAUGGGCCAGGCCUCCGCUCCUCCCGCAGCACAGGAAACCCCGGGCCUCACCGGGGAGAGCCCCUGGACCUGGGGGGAGGACAUGGGCUCCAUCUCAGGUCUGGUGCCUGCUGCUGCGGGCACGGCUCAGCCCCAAUGGGAGGAUGACGGCGCGGCCUUAGGCCCAGAGUCUUGGACCUCCCCAGAAGAGGGAACCCUCAUUCCAGGCCCAGACUCUCUGCAGAACCUGGAAGGAGAAGCAGGCCAAGGCCCUGAAUCUGAGGCCACACCUCUGUCCCUGCAGGACGCCGGCCUCCCCUCAGGCCAGGCGCCCGCCGCCACAGUCAGCCCUGUGCCCCAGCCGGGGGACACGGACAGGACCUUACACCAGGGCCCUGACUGUGAGGCCACACCUGUGUCCCUGCAGGAUGCAGCCCUCCCCUCAGGCCAAGGGACUCCUGCCAAGGCCAGGCCUGAGACCCUGUGGGUAGAUGCAGGCUGCGUGCCAGGGAUCGACCCUGUGGUCACUGCAGCCCAACAGGGAGGACGAGUGACCUCGGAACUGAGGCCAGCACCUGAGGAAAGGGACACAAGCUGCACGGGAGGCCUGGGGCCUCCAGCCCGGGACCAGGCCCAGCUGGAUGGACUGGAGCCAGCUGCAGACGCCGGGGUGCCCUGGACCUCAUGGGGUACCUCCAAGCCUGCCACGGAGGCCCUAGACUCCCCCAAGCCUGCCACAGAGGCCACAGACCCCCUUGAGGCCCUGCAACACCCCAGGCCUGCCACAGAUGCCGUGGAAUGCCCUGGCUCUGACACAGAGGACACAAAUUGCCCCAAGCCUGUCAUGGAGACCACAGAAUGCACAGAGUCUGCCACGGAGGCCACGGAAUGUCCACCAUCUGUCACAGAGACUACAGAAUGCCUGGAGUCUGGCACAGAGGCCCCGGAACAUUCCAAGCCUUCCAUGGAAGCCUCAGAAUGCCCAGAACAUGCUAUGGAGGCCCCAAAAUGCACCAAGCCUGCCAAUGAGGCCCUGGAACUCCUUGAGCCCACCUCAGAGGCCCCAGAAUACCCUGAGUCUGCCACAGAGGCCCUAGAACAUUCUGAGCCUGCCCUGGAGACCCUGGAACAUUCUGAGCCUGCCACGGAGGUCCUGGAAUGCCCAGACCCUGCCACGGAGGUCCUGGAACAUUCUGAGCCUGCCCCAGAGGCCCCGGAAAGCCCAGAGCCUGCCAUGGAAGCCCCAGAACUCCCAGAGCCUGACACAGGGGCCCCGGAACGCCCAGAGCCUGCCAUGGAAGCCCCAGGAUAUUCUGAGCCUGCCAUGGAGACACCAGAAAGCCCAGAGCCUGCCAUGGAGGUCCUAGACCAUUCUGAGCCUGCCCCGGAGGCCCUGGAAUGCCCAGAGCCUGCCAUGGAAGCCCCAGGAUAUUCUGAGCCUGCCACAGAGACCCUGGAAUGCCCAGAACCUGCCAUGGAGGCCCCAGAACAUUCUGAGCCUGCCAUGGAGACCCCAGAAAGCCCAGAGCCUGCCAUGGAGGCCCCAGAAUGCCCACAGCCUGCCAUGGAGGUCCUGGAACAUUCUGAGUCUUCCAUGGAGACCCCGGAACAUUCUGAGCUUGCCAUGGAGGCCCCAGAAGACCCAGAGCCUGCCACGGAGGCCCCAGAACAUUCUGAGCCUGCCACAGAGACUCUGGAAUGCCCAGAGCCUGCCACAGAGGCCCCAGAACAUUCUGAGCCUGCCACAGAGGCCCCAGAACAUUCUGAGCCUGCCACAGAGACUCUGGAAUGCCCAGAGCCUGCCACAGAGGCCCCAGAACGCACUGAGCCUGCCACGGAGGCCCCAGAACAUUCUGAGCCUGCCACGGAGGCCCCAGAACAUUCUGAGCCUGCCACAGAGACUCCAGAAUGCCCAGAGCCUGCCACGGAGGCCCCAGAACUUUCUGUGCCUGCCACGGAAGCCCCAGAAGCUACCACGGAGGCCCAAGAACGCUCACAGCCUGCCACAGAGGCCCUCAAAUGCCCCAAGCCUGCCACAGAAGCUCCAGGACUUUCUGAGCCUGCCAUGGAGGCCCUAGAAUAUUCAGAGCCUGCCACAGGCCCCCCUGGGUCUGCCAUGGAGGCCACAGACCCACCCAAGCCUGCCUCCAUUAGAGAAGAAGUAGCUGAGGGUCUGUUGGCACCUAAGCAAGAAACCUGUGCCAGUGCCUGUGUUUUUGCUGGUGAUGGAGUUGAGCCCCAUUUUCCCCCAAAGGAGGACCCAGGGGGUGAGAAUCAGGGGGCUGGAGGCCUCAGAUCAGCACCCCACAGUGCUAGGAAGGCUCCUGGGGAUAGUGGCACAGAGGUACAUCUUGCUGCUCUCCCCGAGGUCAGUCACACAUGGCCCCAGAACCCAGCAGAGGAGGGAAGAGCCAACCCCGAGCCCAGGUCUUCUGUUGCUGUGGCCUCAGAAGCUGGGCUGGCUUCCUACUCUGAGUCUCCCCCAAGGUUUGUGGUCAGGCCUGGAAGGGGCUUCCCUGAAGAGCCUGCCCCCACCACUCCAGCACCCUCUUGGCGGCUGGAACCCGUGCUGGGUGCAGGCAGUGGAGUGAGGGCUCAAGUAGCCCCUGGAAGCCCCAGCUUGUCCCCACCACAAGCCCCCGGAAGCCCUAAUAGGGGUCUGCCCAGCAUGACCCGAGACAGGCCCCUUGGCCCAGAGCCCGCUGCUCCUGGGGUCUCCACAGAGGCAGCCCCAUGCCCCAUGGCACCCCUCACGCCCUGCCCUUGCCAGGGACCUAGGGAAGACUCGACGGAGGCCAAGGAGCCUCCAGGCUCUCCGGGCCUCCAGCCACCACGUGCAGGAGCCCAGCGGGCAGUGGCUGCCUCCUCAGGAACCACAAAACCUCCUGGGGCUGGGCAUCGAGUCAGCCUCCCACCCCACUCCCCCCUCUUCAGCCCCAAAACGGCCCCCAUGGGGGACACCCAUGCCAAAGACCAGGCCUGGCGGAUCUCGCCCCCUUGCCAAGUGCCUCCUGGCCCUCGAGGGCUCCCAGCUGCCGAGCAACAGGAUGACCAGGACAGCCUGGAGGAAGACUCGCCCCCGAGGGCUCCAGGAUCCGGCCAGCACUCAGACAGCCACGGGGAGUCAUCGGCGGAGCUGGAGGAGCAGGACCUCUCGGGAGCGCAGACGGCACAGUGCCCGACCCAGGUCCCAGCAGGCGGCAGCAGCGAGGAAACAGUGGCCAAAGCCAAGCAGAGUCGCAGUGAGAAGAAGGCCCGAAAGGCAAUGUCCAAGCUGGGCCUACGGCAAAUCCAGGGGGUCACCAGGAUCACCAUCCAGAAAUCCAAGAACAUCCUGUUUGUCAUCGCCAAGCCUGAUGUUUUCAAGAGCCCAGCCUCAGACACCUAUGUGGUCUUCGGCGAGGCCAAGAUCGAGGACCUGUCCCAGCAAGUGCACAGAGCUGCUGCUGAGAAGUUCAAAGUGCCCACAGAGCCAUCCGCCCUGGUCCCCGAGUCUGCACCUGGGCCGCUGGUGAGGUCUGGGUGUGAGGAGGAAGAGGAGGAGGAAGAGGAGGAGGAGGUGGAUGAGGCAGGACUGGAGCUCCGUGACAUUGAGCUAGUGAUGGCGCAGGCCAACGUUUCGAGGGCCAGGGCCGUGCGGGCCCUGAGGGACAACCAGAGCGACAUCGUCAACGCCAUCAUGGAGCUCACCAUGUAGCCAGGAGCGCCCCGACCGCACGGCUUCGUCCCUGCCCCCGGCUCCACUGCUCAAUAAACAGGUGUCUCCACACGGCCUCUA